CAGAGAUGACAACCUCCCGCGUGACCCCGCCCGCGCGGUAACCACAGCAGCGCGCUUGAUCAAUGCAUUGUGGUUAGGACCAGGAGGCAGACAAAAGUUUAGUUAGGCUCGUUUUUAGGCAUUUCUGCGGGGUGUUGUUUCGGGGUUAGACUCGUUUUGCGUUAUACUAACUUUAUUGACAGCUACAAGUUUGUUCGCAAUAGUCGUUUGUAUUUGGAAAACCUCCAAACUGGAUAUAACCCUUUGAAAUUUACGAGCGCGGGUUAAAGAGCCAACUGGGAUUUAAACUUUUAGCAUCUUAGCAUCAAGAGGCUGUUAGCAAGUAGUUAGCUUGACUUAUUUAACGCACAGAAUGGCGGCUUUAUGCCAUCCACGGCGUGCAUUGGUUGAGAUACCUGCUCCUCAACCUAAAAUUGAAGGUCGAAUUAAGAGAUCUUAUCUGGAAAUACUAGGAUCUCGUUUAUCUCCAACACCAAGAGGCAGAAGCCCAACGGCCCCCAGAAGAUUACAGUCAAUAGAUCUGUGGAGUGGGAGGAUCCAGGUCCAGUGUGACAAAAUGGAGGACCAGCACACACCGCUGUCAAAGCAACAACUAGUACAACUUAUCAGAUCUCUCAUUCUGGUCGAACAGAGUCAAGAGCCCAGAGUCCUAGCAUCAGAUUUGAAGUUUCUCCAGGAGGACCUCCACUUGAAGAAGGCCAAUGUUUACAGAUCCAUCCCAUACUCCAGACUGGGCUCAAACAGGGACGCACACUGCUACAGGAAGGCCUAUCCUCACCUGGUAGCAUUUAAAGUUUCUUGCCAAGAAUGGGGCCAAGUUUUGUUACGAAACCAAGAAUGGGACGUAGUUUUGGAGCACACUUUGCUGGCGUGGAGAUUCACCAGUGAGUUACCCCAAUGGGACACGGCCAGUCACAACGCUCUGAGAGAACAAUGCUUUAGCAUGCUAGCAUCGCAGAGUCAAGCUGCUCUUCAACACUACAAUCCACCAGCCAGCAGGGGGCGCGAGUUGCUACGGAGAUUCAAAAUGGCGCAGCAACAUUCACAAGCCAUCACACCGUGCAUUGAGGCGCUGCAAAGGAUUCUGGGAAAGGCCGAUGACUCUGCCAUGGACACAAAAUAAGCUUUAACCAAUCAAAUGGCUCCACCCUAGUGGUACAUGUUUUCUUGUAAAUGUAAUUAAUGUUUGUUACGUGGGCCAAAACAUUUUCAGUGGGCGGUAAUGACAGUAUUGUUCCAAAAGGUGGCGCCGAAUGCAAUAAGCUCCGCACCAUUGGUCUUUAAGUGGUAAUAAUACACUGGGUCAUUGCUCCCAAAUGCAAUUACAGGCCAUUUAAUCAUACCUCUUUUUCUACGGAAGCCCCGAUUGACAAAAAUAUCUCUGUGCUCUAUAGAAGAUGUAAGCUUGUAUAGUAGCUUUAGUGUAUUUUUGUAUACUUCCCAUUACAGUUCCAGGAUUUGCCCUUAGAUUGUAAAUAUUUUCGCUGAUACUUGAAUUCUCUCCUUUUUUUCUAUGUUUUGUUUUGUCUUGUUUGCGCUGUUGCCAAUGCCUACACCUGAACACUUGAAGAGUUUUGAUUAAAUAGAUUAAUUUAAAUAAAGCUGUUUGCAAUUUGU